AUGCCAGCGAGGUUUGCACCUGGGAUGCAGUAUAUUACAAGAACCGAUAACACCAAUCCUAAAUCACAGGAACUAGCAUUUCAAAAAGGUGACCUUGUUACUAUAAUAAGCACAAGCCAGAAAAGAGGAUGGUUUUGUGCCCGUCACCAUCCAACUGGUCUGGAAGGUUUGAUACCUGCCAAUGUUUUGCGUGAACGUCCAGCAAUCAAAGUUGAUUCUCGACUUAGCUUAAUGCCUUGGUUCCAUGGCUCUAUAUCUGGGGUGCAGGCUGUAGAGCAGCUUCAAACCAAAGAAAAUGGAUUGUUUUUAGUACGAGAAUCAAUAAGACACCCUGGGGAUUAUGUGCUUUGUGUAUCUCACCAAGGUGAAGUUGUGCACUAUCGCAUUCAUCGCAUCGAGAACACCCUUACAAUCGAUCCUAUACAGAAAUUCAGAAACCUGAUAGACAUGAUUGAGUUCUACACCAUUCACCAAGGAGUUCUCUCCACUAAGCUAUUGAAACCUAAACCUAAACAAGGAACCAAAUCAGCAGAGGAGGAACUCUCCAAAGCUGGAUGGUUGCUUAGUUUCCAGCGCUUGACUCUUGGUAAAAAGAUUGGUCAAGGAGAGUUUGGAGAUGUCCUUGAAGGGGAAUAUAUGGGACAACCUGUAGCCAUUAAGAACAUUAAAUGCGACAUCACUGCAACAAACAGCUUCUUGGCAGAAACUGCCAUUAUGACGACACUUAAACAUAAGAACCUUGUAAAUCUGCUGGGAGUUGUCCUCCACAAUGGACUAUAUAUUGUGAUGGAAUUCAUGAGUAAGGGAAACCUUGGAAAUUAUCUCAGAUCGAGGGGUCGUGUUUCGGUGCCACCACAGCAGCUUAUCUUUUUUUGCUUGGAUGUAGCUGAAGGAAUGGAGUAUUUGGAAGAAAAGCGGCUUGUACAUCGUGAUUUGGCUGCACGGAACAUUUUGAUAUCAGGGCAGGGGACUGCAAAAGUCAGUGACUUUGGGCUUUCCCAGUCUAAGUUACUGCGAAAAGACCAAUGCGAACGUCUUCCUAUCAAGUGGACUGCUCCAGAAGCACUGCUGCACAAUAAAUUCUCUUCCCGAUCAGAUGUGUGGAGUUUUGGGAUCUUUUUGUGGGAAGUUUAUGCUUAUGGGCGAGGACCAUACCCUAGUAUGACAGUAAAGGAGGUUUAUGAGAGGGUAUGCAAUGGUUACCGCUUGGAGGCCCCUGAAAGUUGCCCAUGUAUAAUUUACAGCCUAAUGAGGAGCUGCUGGGAGGACGAUCCAGCAAAACGUCCUUCGUUCAAAAAGCUAAAAGAGAAGUUGGAGAAGCUAAAAGCUGGGAAUCAAUAA